CCUCCAGGGCAACCCUUUGAAUACACAACGUUUCUGAAGUUUGCCGGACUGCCUUGUUCAUCUGUUGCUGGUUGGGCGAUCGGUGGCGAUGUGUCAACAAUGAACAAUCAUGGCCGCCUAAAAGUCAUCUGUACGUGCGAUGGAGUAAAUAAUCCUAAGAAUGCCGAUCCAGGCUCCACAGUGGACCGAGUUCCUUUCGUGUCCAGUGUGCACAAAUGAAUUUGCACCUGCUCUUCGUAGUCCUAUCAGCCUGGGCUGUGGACACACUGUGUGCAGAACAUGCCUUAACAAUUUGCAUUGUAAGCAGUGCCCAUUUGAUCAGGCAACUAUUAACACUGAUUUAGAAGAAUUACCGGUAAAUUAUGCCUUGUUACAACUAGUACUUUUGAAUGGGCCUCUAGAUGCAAAUGAGGAACAGCAAGAUUUUGUUCCCAACAACUUGUUGCCUGAAGAUUCUAGGCUUUAUCUUCAAUCUAAAAAAUGUAUAGAGGAACUGGCUCUAUAUCUCAAACCCUUCUCUACUGGAAAUGGGGGUGGGGGUACAAGUUUCCUUUCACGCCCUAUGCAGCGAAAAUUGGUCACUCUAAUAAAUUGCCAGUUGAUGGAAGCCGAGGGAAGAGCAAGAGCUUUGAGGGCAGCUCGUUCGUUAGGGGAAAGGACUGUUAUGGAGUUGAUUUUGCAACAUCAAAAUCCACAGCAGCUCUCAGCCAACUUAUGGGCAGCAGUUAGAGCACGAGGAUGUCAGUUCCUUGGGCCAGCUAUGCAGGAAGAAGUUUUAAAAUUGGUUCUGCUUGCCUUAGAAGAUGGAUCUGCCUUGUCUCGAAAAGUUCUUGUAAUGUUUGUUGUGCAAAGAUUAGAGCAGCAUUUUCCUCAAGCUUCCAAGACCAGUAUUGGACACGUGGUUCAGCUUCUGUAUCGUGCUUCAUGUUUCAAGGUUUCUAAACGGGAAGGGGAUUCAUCACUCAUGCAAUUAAAAGAUGAAUUUAGAACAUACGAAGCUUUACGACGAGAGCAUGAUGCCCAAAUUGUUCAGAUUGCCACUGAAGCGGGAUUAAGAAUUGCUCCUGAUCAAUGGAGUGCUCUUCUCUAUGGCGAUACUGUGCACAAAUCACAGAUGCAAAGCAUCAUAGACAAGUUACAAAGCCCCCAAUCUUUCUCUCAGUCAGUACAUGAACUCAUCAUUGCCCUUCAAAGAACUGGAGAUCCCGGGAAACUCUCUGUUCUUAGAUCUCACUUGGAACUCCUUGCUGAAAUUGAUCCAAGCCCAGAGUGUGAACCUCCUUCUUGGAGCGAAUUGUGGCAUGCAUUAGAUGGAGUGCGUGCUGUAGUAGCUGGCUUGGUGGAAUUUAUUCAGCUGCAUGGAUCCCGUAAAUUGACUGACCAAAAUGGACAGCACGGUGCCAAAUACAAAAUCAGCAUGUGUAGAGACUUGACGUUGCGCAGUUCUUGUCCAAGAGGUGCUAAUUGUACUUUUGCCCAUACUGAAGAAGAGUUAGACAGAUAUCGAGCAAAGAAUCGCAAAAAUGCAGUGAGAUUAAUGAAAAUUUCUAGUGACAUUAAAGAGGAAAGAGAGGAUGGGGAUGGUGUGGCUUCUGGUGAAGAAACAGUGUAUGGUAGUCCACCUGUGGACUCUAGCUCUAUACGAAAAGGAUUCUUGGCCUCUGGACCUCAAACUGUGCCCAAUUUGAGCUAUCGACCAGUAAUGAAUUUAGCCUCUCGACCUGAUGUGGAUUACAAUGUCCCUUAUCCGGGUGGUGCAGGACUGACAUCUCCAUCUCAACUUCUCUCUUCAACACAAACAUCUCUUCAACAGGUGUCACCUGUCCAAGUCACAUCAUUUAGACCGAUGCAACCGGCCAUGUUUGCUCAAACUCCUGUCUAUGCCCCAGAUAUAUACAGUCAAUCUCCACAUGCCUCGAUGCUUGGAAUUCAUGCUGGGCAACAAUUUAAAGCAAUAUCUACACAAAAUUUGGACUACUCCUCUCCACCUUCACCAUUGCCCAUGGAAAAUACUCGCAACGCCUCAAAAAUGGAAACUGUACAUCAGAAGCAUGUUCACCCUAGGAUCAUUCAAACUGGUCCAGCCAAAGGAAUGUCCUCAAGAGAAUUGUUCAUGCUACAACAACGUAAAAAUAAAAUUGUGUCCCAACUUGAGAAAGUUGUUGGAAAACAUUUAGCCAACGCAAUAUCAAGUCAAGUCAGAAUAUCUCAGAUGCUAAAUGUGGAUCCUCAGUUGUGUGGACCACCACCUUGCUGGAGUGUUGGUGCUGGCGAUGCCCUUGAUGGCCAUAGGGCACCUCACAUUAGUGCACCAUCCUUAAUUAACAGGUCGAAUUCAUUUCAAUCAGAUGAUGAUGUUGUUCCUCAUGAGGGGCCAGUAAUGAAUAAAUAUGGUCCAAUUUCAAGAAUGACAAAAACAUUGAUACAAUCAGGAAACCCAUACGCUGAGUCCCCCAUACCAGGCUCAGUCAACAGAAGGCCUCUAACACCAUCCAGUCCCAUGGCAUCUAUGUUGCUUCACAACAUACCAGGAUAUCCUUCAAGCUCUCACAUUUUAACUACCCAAGGUCCUGCUGGCAGUGAUGGUUAUAUUACAAUUGGACACAGCAUUCUUGAUUCAACUCAAUUUAUUAUGCCCGAAGACAAGCAACAGUUGGAAUCACAACUUAUGCAUUUGCAUAUGAGGAACUUAGAGCAAGGAAUUCAUAACCUCAAGUUAGACCCAGAAACACAUUGUAUGCAGGAGAGUGAAAAGCUCACAUCUGAAUUGUUUGCUAUUGAGCAAGGCAUCCGCGAGCAGAUCCGAAUGAGUCAGCCGAUGAAUUCUUCAGAUAUGAGUUCCUGGAGCCUGAACAAAGAAGGUGGUAAUUUGAAUUGGAACAUUAGACCUCCUGGAAAUAUACAUGUUCAAGGAGAGGACACCUAUGAUGCAGUCAUAGCCAACGACAUGAUGGAGCAGGCAUUGCGUCUUGAAUUGGACCUUGAAGAACAAGAGAAACGCUGGUGUAAUGAGGAUGGCACUGCAAAGCCUUAGGGGGCAACACCUGGGAGUGAGUGAUCAUGUUGUUAUUUCCAUUGCCCUGUACUUCUGUUGAUAGAUAUUUUUGUCAGCAAUGUACUUCUAUCAAACCUUCUCAUUAUUUUCUCUGAUUGUCUAGUGAUUUGUAAUAGUUUACAUUUUUCGUGAUUUUUCUUAUAGCAUAACAUAGAUAUGCUACCAGGAAAGUCUAAUCAAAUGUUUUGUUUUAUUUUGUUUUCUGAGAAAACGGCAAUAUGCCCUUAAAUUACGUUAUACUCUUGCUAUUGUUUACUUUUGAUGUUCGGUCAGUACUUUAACCACAGGGACAAGGCCCCUAAUAUGUACAGUUUGUCUUGUAUCAAUUGAAAUAUUGAUAGUUUUGGGACAAACUCUUGUUUUAUUGGUUGACAUUAGCUUUUAUUUGUGGGCCUUUCUUGUUUGACUUUGGCUGCAAAUGAUUGGCUUGAAACAAGCCGGAGACUUUCCUUUAUUCUUCUUAAUCAUUUACAGUGUCUACAAGAUUUUCUUGUAUUUAUAACUAGUAAAAAACUCUCAAUUCUGUGAGGGUAUUAUAAAGAAACCUAUAGCAAUUUCUUAAAAUGUGAUCUUUUAUUAUGUGAUGCAGCCAAAUGUUCACAGCAUUUAGCCAUAUCUCCACUUUUUGAAGUGUACAUACAGAUUUGACAUUGUUUUUCCAUUGCAUGUUCCCUGUACACAACUGUCAAAGGAUGUUAACUUUGGGAACUUGUGAUUGAAUGAUAAGGAGGGUAAUUAUUAUAAUUAUAUAUAUCCUUGCAUGUUGAGGAAUAUUGCAAUCCAGCUGGGUAAGAAAAACCCGUUGUGUUGGGUGUGAUUUUGCUCCCAGUUGAGCAGUUAUGGAUAAUGGUGCAACCUGUGAUAAUGUGAUGCUGUUAGCAACUUCUUCUGUCCUUUGGCAUUAUAGCCAAUAUUUGAAAAGGGUUUAAAGUGAACUGUGCAACCAGCAGUCAAAUUAUUUUUAUGUCUUAUAAAAAUCUACUAUUGUUAUCUAUCUAUUUAUUAAGAUGAAUAGGAAAUGCAAUGUAUAUGUAUUGUUAUAUAGCUACUGAUAUAGCAGACUUGUCUUGAAUCAGAAAUUUUGCAACCGCCAAUGCAUCUGGCUACUCACCAUUAUUUUUCUACAAGAACAUUUAUUAUCUUAUUGUGUUUUGUACAGAGGCUUUCAUUGCACCAUUUUGCCCACAUUGUUUUUAGCAAACUACGCUACCUGAUCGGACACAAGUUAUCAGGGAAGUGGGUGGCAUGCCAACCUCCCUCCCAGCCUGCACUCAGCUGAAGUGUGAUGGAUUGCCUACCCAAGCAAAAGAAUGGUUUACUUGGGCUACUUGGUACUCACAUACCUACCAGUUAGUGCACUAGGUUGUCAGAUGGUCUGUAAUUCAAUCGCAAUCAAAAUGUAUUAACAAUCCUAUUUGCCUUGUUUGUUCAUAAUUAAAGUUUAUAUCUUCAUCUCCUUUGAUCUGAAAUGUUGACAAGUAGAGUUGAAACUAAAGUAAUUUCUUCUGUUUUUGAAUUAAGUUUAAUUUCAAAUGCAAUCCUGGUUUGUUAUUGGUUUUACUUAAUUGGUUGUACAAUAUGACUAUUAUUUUUGUGUUAAGGUAUUUAUGCACAAUGAAAACUGCUGUGAGACUUACUGGUUUGUUGUGUAGUGUUCUCACAGCCCCCCCCCUUUUUUUCUUGUUCAUUUUCUAUAAUUCUAAAGUUUCUAAUUUUAUUGCUGGUUAACAUAAUUCAAAUAAUGUAUGUUGAAAUUUGGAUGAUGAUGAUGAUGAUGAUGAUAAAAAUGAUGAUGGAUGGAUGGAUGGUGAUGCAAUGUAUUUUUAUAUGUUACUUUUCAUCAAAUAUUUAUUUUAAACCUAUGAAGAAAAAAUAAUUUAAUAUUUUCUCAAACCAUUACAGACUAUGCAUGUAAAGAAUACUCGCAGUAGAGUAGCUUUAUGUUACUGGUGAUCCCUUUUCUAGUUAACUUCCCUGUACCAAAAGCUGAAGAUGGUGUUUUGGUUGUGCAUGUGUAAAAGUUGGCCAGAUUUACAAAAGUUUUCUAAAAUAUGGAAUUAUUUGGAAAUUGCUAGUGCUAACUAGCUUUGCUGUGAUUGUUGUGGGUUAACCAUGUCAACAUAAAUGUGGAAGACUACUAAAUUAUAAUUAACCUAUUUAAAACCAGUAUGUACAUGUAGAUGAGUAAUUUUACAGGCUGUUUUACUUGUAAGCUGUAAUGUUGUAAAUCUGGCUAAUUUUUUCUUGACAUGAAAUGUUGAAUGGUCAAGUGUAUGAUAUGGACUGAAACUGCACUUAGGCACAUUGUUUAAAAAUACCUGCCCAACUAAAUUAGGCAGUUAAUAUUGUUAAGAUUAGUUAUCAACCCAAUGGGUUAAGAUACCUUUCUGCUUUAUUGCAUACUCGUGAUAAAAAAAUAUUGAGUGAUCUUUCUCCUUAACACUGGAUUACUUGAGAGAUGCUUUAAGUCACUUACUUUCGUUUAUACUCCAAUAUGAAAGCAGUACUGGUUCUAUCUUGGUGUAUGAAAAUUUUGUGAUUUUCGAGGGUAUGAAGGUUCAGGUUGAAGCUAGCAUGUAAAUGCUAUUUUACUGCUUUCUUAGAUUGGAUAGGUAUGUGACAUGACUGACUUAUUUUGUUGAGACAGUAUAAUUUCUCUAUUAUAACAGUUGUGUAGAACAGGUAAUGAGGGUUAACUUUCAAGGGAACAAAGAAAUUUCUGCAGAAAUGACUCACGUAAUUCUUCUCCCACUUCCUUUUUCUGCUUGUUUGUUUUGGGCAGUGAGAUAUUUUCCUGUGCCGAUAGAAUGAAAAUUUCUGAACCUCCGGAACUUCAAAUCAUGAUUCUUAAAGAAGUAGGUAAGGAAAGCAGAUGGUUCCCAAAGUAGCUAAAAUAUCUUAUUUCUUGUUGCCCUGUCUUUUCCAAGCUGAACCUUGAUGUAUUACCUUUUGUCGGAAAAUGAAUGUAUGUCAGAGCCUUUAAGCUGAAAAAGUUAGUGGGAGUUGGUCUUGUAAUUCUAAAACUAUUCCUAAGAAAAAAAUUGAGAACUUUAAAAAUUAUAUUUUGUGUAUGUCUCAUAGGCAUAGGCUCAGAAGUAGUCCAGUGUUUCAAGCUUCUCCUGUGUUAUUAGUAAAUGACUACAACUAGACCCUGUUGUUUUCUCAUAAAGUUGUUUGAUAUCUCACUACUACUAAUGAUGGCUAUGGUGGCAGGUGUCAUUCAUCAUGAUAGCCUUUAAUAUUUUUCUUACUUCCUGCUGUGUUUUCUAACUAUUGAGAACUGAUUUUUUUUAGGCAUAUCUGGCUGCAAAUUUGCUUUUAUAAAUACUGUACACAUUAGUUUUUGUCUACAAACAAUUUGACUGAAUAUUUGCUAAUGUGUUGUUUAUAUCAGGAAUCUUAGUGCCUCCAAAGUAUGGGCCAAUAGUCUUUGUUACAGACGUGUCUUGAAGUUUACAAGAGACUAUCAAGUAGCUUGCUGUGAGACUGACAUUGCGCCACCUAAAGCGUUGCUGGAAUGCUAAUUCUUUCUAAAACCUAUGUAGUUCAAUCUAAACUUUAUUUUUGUAAUACCUCUUGGGAAAUUGGCCUGUAUUCUGUCUUAUUUUGAAAUCAUAUGAACAAUAUGUGUACAUCUAUCUAUAUGGUGUGUGGGAUAUCAUUCUAACAAGUAUUCUGUGGUAUAAUGUAUCGUUGGACUGUUUACAGUUUUGCUGCUAGUUUAACAUUUAAAAAAUGAUCUUAGACAAGGUGUUUUUUCUUGUGUUUUUGUUUUCUUUCUUAUGAAAUCAUAAACUAAAUCUGUGCCUUAAUUUUUCUUUACUGGUCUACAAUCUUUUCAAAUUUAUAGGUUAAUCUCGGUAUCAUCUUAGGUAUUUUAUUAAAUCUUCCAAGAUAGUAUUCCAUUAUUUAUUUCCUUGCAGAUUAGUGACAGCAGUUUUUCAUUUAAGUUCUUGUAUUGUCUUUCAUUUGGGGCAGGAUAACUGAUUGUAAGGUUGAGAUGAUUGCUAGCAUUCCCCAUGGUAUUUUUUUCAGUUUGUGUCUUGUCCCUCUGUGUGUGCUUUACGGACAGUCCCUUUCCAUCUUUUUCCUAGGGAUCUGUCUUUCUGAGUAGAGGAUCAUUAAUCCACAGUAUUUGCUUUUACUUUGAUACUUCUCAAUUUGUAUCCAUUAGUUUCCUGGUAAGAACACCAUACUUUUGCUUUAUGAGAUAAUAGAUCUUUGUAUGUUUCACACCACAGCAUGUUUGGAAAACUGGAUCCUAAUUUUUAUCUACAUUGAGACCCAUUCUUGUAUACAUACCUCAUUUCUCUCUUCUUCUCCCUUUGUUUUGUUUUUUUGUUUUUUGUAUUUGUUCUCCCCCCCUUCCAACAUCCCAAGAGUAACUGAACAAACACUUGGAUCUCUAUAGAGAACAUAAUUUUCCUGAAGUGUUUUUGGCUCCAUGGAAAUGUAUUAAGUUGAACACAUUUAUGUAAUACUUGCAGUGUGAAAUAGAGUUUUUGCUUAUGUAGGCUAACCAGUUAGUUGUUGAAAGUUUCUUUUGUUUCCUUUGUGAUGUAUUGUGGAUGAGACAUCUUACUACAGGUGGAUCACCUAGCGUGUUGCCCGGGUCCGGCCUGUCCUUUUCUCUUUAUUUUUAAAUUAAACACCGAAGGAGUGUGUUCUAAGGAAGUAACUUGCAUUUAAACUGGGAAAACUACAAGACAAAAAAGUUUUUCAAAAACAGCAAGUGAGCAGAGUGGACAUGGCGGAUCGCUUAGUGUAAGGCCAUCUGAAAGGUGACAUUUUAUUACUGAAUUAUUUGUUCAAUCUCAUCUACAGCUACAAGCUGAAGUUACAAUGAAAAAUGUCAAACUAUUUGUUGGUUGCACAUGUAUAUUGGAGUGUUCAUUAUUAUUUUUUAUCUAUCUACAUUUAUUAUUAUUACUAUAUCACCAUUAUUAGCAUCACUAUAUCCAUCAUUUGUUAUGUUUAUCAUCACAUGCUCAGUUCAAUAGUGAGAAGAGCUUUCAAAAGUAGGAAUGGAGGGAAACAUGUCAAUAAUUAUUAAUUUUGUUGGACCUCUGUCAUUUGUUUGCUGUUGGUUAAGAUAUUUUAAUAGUUCAAUAAUAUGGACUGAAUAUUUUUACACAACAUCAAAAAGAGGUACAGCUCAAUAAGACAAGUUUAAAUUGUUUUCCCUGAAUAAGAAAACAGAACUUUUGUUAAAACAUAUGGACAACAUUUGUUCUCUUUUGAAGCAAUAGCAAUAGCUUAGUGAUCAUUGUUGCAUUGCUUUUAUUGAAACAUUUUCAGACUGAGCAUGUCAGGUCAACUUGCUUUUGUUCUUUUGUUAUUUGCUACUUUAUAUAUGUUUUACCACAUUGCUCAUUCAAAUCAUGAAAGAGGCAAGAGUCUAAUUAGCUGUCGAGAACAGUGUUUUCUUGUUAGCUCAUCUUUAAAAGCUUGGACAUUUUUUAUGUAACGGUAUCAAUCUAAGCUUUGUGUUGACAUGAUUUUUACUAUGACCCCUUGCCUCAUUAGUAUAGUAGCCGUUUUUGUGUCUGCUUCUUGUUUUGUUUCUUCAUUUAAAUUGACAUUUUUUUUAUUAUGGUUACCAUCCCUGCAAAUAUAAGAGAUAUUUUCAAUAAAUGUUAAACGGUAAA